AUGGCCGAACAGCACGUCUCUUUCAAAAUCGAAGACUUAUUCUCUGUCAAAGACAAGAUAGUUGUUGUCACCGGAGGUGGCUCCGGUCUUGGUAAAGCCAUCGCCGAGGGCUUCGCUGUCAAUGGCGCCAGAGUGUACAUUUCUGGUCGAAGGAAGGAGACUUUGGAGACAGCCGCGAAGCAAAUUGAAGGGGAUAUCCAUGCUCCGUGGAGAGUGAAGGCCAAAAAUCAUAACGACCCCGAUCAAGUUGAAAACCUUCUAAUCAACGGAGUGAACGAAGAGGAUUUUGACCGAAGUAACCAGAUUAACGUCAGCGGCGUCUACUUUCUCACCGCAAAUUUCAUCCCUCUUCUGCGCAAGUCAAAAGAUCCAAAUGUCUGCAUAAUUGCCUCGCUGGCGGGAUUGGGCAACCAAAGGUCCAUGGGAUCUCUGACCUACGGUGUUUCCAAAGCUGCUGUCAUUCACCUUGCCAAACUCCUUGCCGGCCGUCUACACCCUAUUAAAAUCCGCGUUAACACCAUUUGUCCCGGCAUCUUCCCCUCUGAGAUGACUGGCGUAACCGCUGGCAAACAUAAGUACAACAUCAAUCAUCCGGCUGAAAAGGCGGCACUCCGGUCUACUGCAGGCCGCCCCGGUCGUCCUGAGGAGAUCGUAGGCCCUGUGCUCAUGCUGUCCAGCGCGGGUGGAGGAUAUAUGAACUGCGCGUUGUUGACGGUGGACGGUGGACGGCUAAUGGGCGUCUCGAUAAAUGAUGGGAUUCGCAUGCCAGAUAACUUGUAUACUGAUGAGAUCCUAGGGUAG